CCGGGGCAGCCCGAGCCGCGCGCCGCGUCGCUGUAAUCGGACACCCGAGCGCUCGCCCCCCGCGCAGGCCACUUUCCAUUCACUCGGAACUGCUUGACUGAGCGACGGGGAGCGAGGCUUCUGGUGCCGCGCCACUGCAACGCUGAGGAUUCCUUUACAAAGAAACUCAGAGGACCGGGAAGAAAGAAUUUCACCGCUGGGACGCUCUAGAAAUUACGGUCUUUGGGGGAAAAGGACUAGAAACACGUGGAUCCAAACCUGUAGCAAACUGACGACUUCUCCGUGCUGAUCGCGUCCCACCUCGGUAUUUUCCCUUGGAUAUUAACUUGCAAAUCUGAAGAAAUGGCAUUCCAGGCAAUUUGGGUCUUGGUUGGAGUAUUUGUUUGUUCUACCUGGGUAAAAGGAUCAUCUCAGCCCCAAGCACGAGUUUACUUAACAUUUGAUGAGCUUCGAGAAACCAAGACCUCUGAAUACUUCAGGCUAUCUCACCACCCGUUAGACUACAGGAUAUUAUUAAUGGAUGAAGAUCAGGACCGGAUAUAUGUGGGCAGCAAAGAUCACAUUCUUUCCUUGAAUAUUAACAACAUAAGUCAAGAACCUUUGAGUGUUUUCUGGCCAGCAUCUGCAAUCAAAGUCGAAGAGUGCAAAAUGGCUGGCAAAGAUCCCACACAUGGCUGUGGGAACUUUGUCCGUGUAAUUCAGGCUUUCAACCGCACACAUUUGUAUGUUUGUGGGAGUGGUGCUUUCAGCCCAGUCUGUACUUAUUUGAACAGAGGGAGGAGAUCAGAGGACCAAGUUUUCAUGAUUGACUCCAAAUGUGAAUCUGGAAAAGGACGCUGCUCUUUCAACCCCAAUGUGAACACAGUAUCUGUUAUGAUCAAUGAGGAGCUUUUCUCUGGAAUGUAUAUAGAUUUCAUGGGGACAGAUGCAGCUAUUUUUCGAAGUUUGACCAAGAGGAAUGCAGUCAGAACUGAUCAACACAAUUCCAAAUGGCUAAGUGAACCUAUGUUUGUGGAUGCACACGUCAUCCCAGAUGGCACUGAUCCAAAUGAUGCUAAAGUGUACUUCUUCUUCAAAGAGAAACUGACCGACAAUAGCAGAAGCACAAAACAGAUUCAUUCCAUGAUUGCUAGAAUAUGUCCUAAUGACACUGGUGGACUGCGUAGCCUUGUCAACAAGUGGACUACCUUUUUAAAAGCCAGGCUGGUAUGCUCGGUAACUGAUGAAGAUGGCCCGGAAACACACUUUGAUGAAUUAGAGGAUGUGUUUCUGCUGGAAACUGAUAACCCAAGGACAACACUAGUGUAUGGCAUUUUUACAACAUCAAGCUCAGUUUUUAAAGGAUCAGCAGUGUGUGUGUAUCAUUUAUCUGAUAUACAGACUGUGUUUAAUGGGCCUUUUGCCCACAAAGAAGGGCCCAACCAUCAGCUGAUUUCCUACCAGGGCAGAAUUCCUUAUCCUCGCCCUGGAACUUGCCCGGGAGGAGCAUUUACACCCAAUAUGCGAACCACCAAGGAGUUCCCAGAUGACGUUGUCACUUUUAUUCGGAACCACCCUCUCAUGUACAAUUCCAUCUACCCAAUCCACAGAAGGCCUUUGAUUGUUCGUAUAGGCACUGACUAUAAGUACACAAAAAUAGCUGUGGAUCGAGUGAAUGCUGCUGAUGGUAGAUACCAUGUUCUGUUUCUAGGAACAGAUCGGGGUACUGUGCAGAAGGUGGUGGUUCUUCCUACUAACAGCUCUGCAAGCGGUGAGCUCAUUCUGGAGGAGUUGGAAGUCUUUAAGAAUCAUGCUCCUAUAACAACAAUGAAAAUUUCAUCCAAAAAGCAACAGUUGUAUGUGAGCUCCAACGAAGGACUUUCCCAAGUGUCUCUGCAUCGCUGCCACAUCUAUGGUACAGCCUGUGCUGACUGCUGCCUGGCAAGGGACCCCUACUGCGCCUGGGAUGGCCAUUCUUGCUCUAGGUUCUACCCAACUGGGAAGCGGAGGAGCCGAAGACAAGAUGUGAGACAUGGAAAUCCAUUGACUCAAUGCAGAGGAUUUAACCUAAAAGCAUAUAGAAAUGCAGCUGAAAUUGUUCAGUAUGGAGUAAAAAAUAACACCACUUUCCUGGAGUGUGCUCCCAAGUCUCCGCAGGCAUCUAUCAAGUGGCUGUUACAGAAAGACAAAGACAGGAGGAAAGAGGUCAAGCUGAAUGAACGAAUCAUAGCCACUUCACAAGGACUCCUGAUCCGCUCUGUUCAGGAUUCUGACCAAGGACUGUAUCACUGCAUUGCAACAGAAAACAGCUUCAAGCAGACCAUAGCCAAAAUCAACUUUAAAGUUUUAGAUUCUGAAAUGGUGGCUGUUGUUGCAGACAAGUGGUCUCCAUGGACCUGGGCCAGCUCUGUAAGGGCUUUACCCUUCCACCCGAAGGACAUCAUGGGAGCCUUCAGCCACUCGGAAAUGCAGAUGAUCAAUCAGUACUGCAAAGACACUCGGCAGCAACAUCAACAGGGAGAAGAAUCCCAGAAGAUGAGAGGGGACUAUGGCAAGUUAAAGGCUCUCAUCAAUAGCCGGAAAAGUAGAAAUAGGAGGAAUCAGCUGCCAGAGUCAUAAUGUUUUCUUAAAUGGGGCUUAUGCUUCCAACAGUAAAUGAUCUGUCUUCAAUGAUCAAAAAGGUGGUUACUCACUCCUAAAGGUGAAUGUUACAUGAACUGAAAUGAGCAUGCAUUUUCUUGUAUGAUGUUGACUAGUACUAGACAUGUCAUGGUCCUCAUGGUGCAUAGAAAUAUUUAACUUAACCUAGAUUUUAUUUAUAUCUUCAUUUACCUUUUCAUCAAAAUCAAUAUGAUGGCUCUAAAACUAGAAUUCUUACAUCUGUUAAUUGAACGAGGGCCAUAACCUGUGAUCUUCCAUCCUUGCUUUAAGGGCUUAGAGUUCUAAUUGUCAAUCAUUUGUAAACAAAAGCAAAUGCCAAGUUCACAAUUUUGACAUAGUAAAAUUUAUAUAAAUGCAUAUGACAAAGUAGUUGUCAAAAGAAAUGUAGAAUAGAAGAGAGACAAGGAAGAGGGAAUCUAAAAGUCGUAUAAAACACAAGCGAUUCAUGAAAAGAUAACAUGGAGUUUAUAUGCUUCCCGUGAAAUAUAGUAUUGGUUACCUUUAAGAUUGCAAAACUUAUCAGUUGUUGAUUGUCAUUGAUCUCUGUUCCCUUGUUUCAGGAAGAUAAAAGGACCCCUCACCAUUAAUAUCUUCAAUUGGAGUUAUGUCAGUGAAGCAUUUAAAUUUAUAUUGUUAUAUAAUCACCUUCCAAACAAAAGCACUUUCUUUUUUGGAAGUUAAGUUAUUCUAGACUGAGAUAAUAUAAUCUUACACACUUUAAUUGAUUAAUGUGUUUAUUCUAAUUUUCUAGUUUGUAUGGCAAGUGAAAAAAUGUAAGAAGAAAAAUUUUUCGAAAUAUCAAACUUGUAUAUGAGGGCUAAAACCAUCAAAAUGAAAAAAAAAAGUAGAAAAUGCAGGUUUAUUGACAGAAGUUUAUGAAGAAUGUUGCUAAUUUUUAACUUCAGUAAUUAAUUUCAAUGAUUAACUCACUUUGUUUGUUUCCCAACCUCAGAGAGCGUUGAUUUUUAAGUCACCAACCCUUUUUUUAUACUCUUUUGUGUUUGCUAGUGAGAUGCUUAUUUUGUGGAGAAGUGAGAAAAAUUCUAAUUUGAACAAAAAUAGACAUAUUUUAUUUUAAAAGAAUGUUGGUAUAUUAUGUUCACUGGUAUAUAAAUACAAAUGUGGUAAGUUCGUGAUGAAUAAACUUUUAAUUGUAUGUUUGGAUCCUUUUAUUAGAGUAAUUUAAUAUCGCUUUUUUUUUUUACUCCAAAUAACAAUUAGAUAGAAGUAUAAACAUUUUCUUCAUAUCCUCAUAUUUCUUUUAAAAAUACUUUUGCUCUGUCAUUUUACUUACUUUUAAAGACACUUUCAUGUUUCCAGGUGCAAACAGAAAUUAUAUCAUAUCCCUAAGCAAAAUCUAAUACAGAAGUUUUAUUUAUAGUUAAUCCAUGAAGAAGGUAAUCAAGGCAGAUAUAUUAUCUUUUUAAGCACUACAAUAUAAAGUGUCAAGAACUAAAAUCAUUCUCAAAAUGAAUGUAAUCACUGAUCAGAAUCUGAGAAUAUGAUUUAUUAUUUAAAUGGUGGUAAAUUAUAUUAUAAGAGGAGGCCUCAAUGGGGCAAAAAUAGCAGUUAACAAACACAACAUAAAUAAUGUUUAUUCAAAAAAAAGCUAUUAAAUAAAAGCUAUUGUUCCCAAUGUAUAUGACUCUAAAGUAGUCUCUAAAGCAGUUUGUUAUACAAAUAGGUCUCUAUUUCUACUCUACAUGCACAAAUAGAAAUGUGUAUAAAGCCAAAACCAUCUUCUGUGUUUAUGGCCAAUCUGUUCUAUGUACAGAGUUGAAAGUAAAAUUGUUUUAGACUCAGAGAAUAGGGUAAACUAUACAGGUCCCCUAGCUUCAUGUAAACCCAAACUGAUAGACAAUAGGGUGUUUAGUUUUGUACUUUAUUUGUGCUAUUUAAUACCUUCCACUUUGAACAUUAUUAAAUUGUAUAUACUUUUAUUACUUUACUUUUAAAAUUAUAGAGACCCUUCUUGAACAAAAUUGCCAAAUGUAAAGAAAAUUUUCUUCCUCAAAAAUAUUGUUAACGUGUACUCAAUGUUGGUGGUUGAUUGGUUGGUUUUAUUUUGUGUAGUUUGACAAUUCGAUGACUUGGUAUGUUUUCCAUUUGUAUUGUACAUAAAAUUUCCUAAAUGCACUUUUUUUCAAAGUGUGGGUUUGUGAAUAGAUUUUAGCAUGAUGAAACUGUCAUUACAGUGAAUGUUCACUCUGUUUAAGAAAAUGUAGUUAGCACAGUAGUAUUUAAUUGGAUAUUGAAGAAAUCAUGUGCCUGGCAAAAUAAAACAUGUUGAAUUCCCCAAGGA